AUGCUGUGGCAGACUCAGCUCCUCUGGCUCCUCCUGCUCUGGGCAAAGGGCUCCAGCGGGGACAGCCUUGUGACUCAGACUCCAGAGUCCCUGGCUGUGUCUCCAGGAGACACCGUCACCAUCCAGUGCAAAACCAGUUACAGUACAAGAAACAACAUGGCCUUGUACCAGCAGAAACCAGGGCAGGCUCUGAAGCUCCUUCUCUACAGCACAAACAACCGCCCCUCCGGGAUCCCCGACCGGGUCAGUGGCAGUGGGUCUGGCACUGACUUCACUUUCACCAUCAGCCGGGUGGAAGCUGGGGAUGCUGGAGACUAUUACUGUCAACAGCAUCAGAGCUCCCCUCCCACAGUGCUACAGCCCCGUACAAAAACCUCCCUGCUCUGCUCAGUCCUGCCGCUCCCGGCACCAGCUGCUUCCUGCCCAGCCACAGUGCUCCCGGGAGAGACGGUCACUAUUCAGUGCAAGGUUUCCAGUAGUGUCAGCAAUGAAGUGGACUUGUAUGUGCUGAGACCAGGAGAAGCUCCCAAGCUACUCAUCUCUCAUGCUACCAACCGAGCCACUGGGGUCCCUGAUCGGUUCAGUGGCAGCUACAGCGGCACCGACUUCACCUUCACCAUCCGCGGGGCGCAGGUGGAAGACGCAGGCGACUACUACUGUCAGCAGGACGGCAGCCUCCCUCUCACAGCGAUACACUGCAGUACAGAAACCUCUUCCUCCCCACAGCACUGCUGA